UUACACAGCUUUUCUGUUUUUAUUUUUCCGUUAGAGGGAGUGGACGGGAAAGAAAUACCUACCUGAGAGCGAGUGGCGAAUUGUAUCCCUCACGCACAGCGGCAUGAAAAUCUGCCAUCUCUAAGGUCGCUAGUGGAUCACGACGAUCCCGGCGAUCUCGAUUUUAUCUGGAUUCGGUCGUGUGUGUGCAGGUGAAGUGUUAAAGCACGCUUGGGCACAAUUAGGUGGAGUUUUGUAUCAUUCUUGUGAUGGGCAGGCCUGACAAAGGCAUGGGAAUGCAAUUAUAAAGAUUUUGAAUCCAAAGUUUCUCCCGAGAAAGGCAACGUACUGGGUUUCUUGAAGGCUCUGUGCCUUGCAUGAGGAUACCGAACAGUGGAGGGCAUUGUACGGACAAAAGAUUGCUGGUGGAGGCAUUGUUCUUGCUAGAGAUUAUGAUGCCCAUUUGGCCUAAAUGCUGCUCUGAAGCCACAGAAUUGCUGGAUCCUACAAUGCAGGUUGGAUAGCGUCCUUUUAAUAUCUGCUUACUACAAAGUGGAACCAAGCUGAAGCCCGAAGGUGAACUCUUUUGCUCCAAACUUUUAGCUAUUGGGUCAUGCAAGCGUCCUUGAAUUCGUGCAUUAUUCAGAGACUACUAUUUGCCUCUGUUAGUGGGUUGCAGCGGCAGAUCCAGAUUAGCUCAAAAGGAUUGGGUAUUUUGAGAUGCUUUCAAUGUAAGAGGAGCAAUGGUGUGGAGGAUUCUUGGGCAUGGAGAAAUGUGGAAUUGGUACCAGAGAAUGGAUUUGAAAUCUGUUGCUUCUCAGCUAAAAGGUGUUAAAGCAAAGCCUCCAAUGCUUCAAAGAGCUAGAAUUAAGGUCUGGUUUGUUCGAGUGAGUUCCAGUAUUUUGCUAUGGACAUGCCUUAUUCAGUUGAUGGCUCUGGGAGAGCUCUGGCAUCCUCAUUUACCCAUGGGCUGGCCUACUUGUUUCAAUCGCCGCGAACUCGCUGCUGCUCAGAUUCCUAACAUUACCCAAAUUAGCAACCAUAGAACGGAUGUCGUUCUUUUGCCUCCAUAUGCUGUUCCUUCACCUCGAGAUGCUAAUCCUCCACCAAGAAUAUAUAAGAAUAAUGGCUACUUGAAGGUGUCCUGCAAUGGAGGCUUGAAUCAAAUGAGAGCAGCGAUUUGUGAUAUGGUGACCAUAGCACGGUAUUUGAAUUUGACUCUGGUGAUUCCAGAGCUUGAUAAGACAUCAUUUUGGGCUGAUCCCAGUGAGUUUGGUGAUAUAUUUGAUGUGAAACACUUCAUUACUUCUUUGAGAGAUGAAGUGCGCAUCAUAAAGAGACUCCCAGAGAAGUUUAAUCGGAAGGCGCAGAGCAAACUAUUUGUGAUGCCACCUGUAAGCUGGUCAAGUCACAAGUACUACUUGAAACAGAUUCUACCUUUGUUUCGCAAAAAUAAGGUCAUCCAUUUCAACAAGACAGAUGCACGUUUGGCAAACAAUGGACUCCCCUUGAAGCUUCAAAAGCUGCGUUGUAGGGUCAAUUAUAAUGCUUUAAAAUUUACUCCACGAAUAGAGGAUCUGGGUCAGAGAUUAGUAAAGAUGCUGAAAGACAAAGGGUUUUUCAUCGCUCUUCAUCUAAGAUAUGAGAUGGACAUGCUAGCAUUUUCUGGCUGUACACAUGGCUGCACUGAGAAAGAGGCAGAUGAACUCACACAAAUGAGGUAUGCAUAUCCUUGGUGGAAGGAGAAAGUAAUCAUAUCUGAACAAAAACGAUCAGAGGGCCUGUGCCCUCUGACACCAGAGGAGGCUGCACUGGUUUUGAAGGCCUCAGGCUUUAAUAAGGAUACACAAAUCUAUAUUGCUGCAGGUGAAAUAUAUGGUGGUGAAAAAAGAUUGGCGGCAUUACGCGCAGUGUAUCCUAACAUUGUUCGCAAGGAGAUGCUUUUGAGUUCAAAUGAUCUGAAAUCUUUCCAGAAUCAUUCAUCACAAAUGGCUGCAUUAGACUAUUUGGUCUCGAUUGCAAGUGAUGUUUUCAUUCCCAGCUAUGAUGGGAACAUGGCAAAGCUUGUUGAAGGGCACCGAAGAUAUCUAGGAUUCCGUGAAACUAUUUUGCUAGAUCGUAAAAAGUUGAUUCCAUUGCUUGAUAUGUACCAAAAUCGGACAUUGGUGUGGGAUGAAUUCAAAGUGAAUGUGAGACAGGUACAUAAGAAUCGUAGAGGUGCACCUACACAGAGAAAAGUUAUCUCUGAGAAGCCUAAAGAAGAAGACUACUUCUAUGCCAACCCUCAAGAGUGCCUUUGUAAUUCAUCAUCCCUUUCUAGUUCAUGAUGUCUGACUAGUUAGUAGUUUCAAGAAUAUACUAAUUAUACAAUGAAAGAACUACUAUGCCAGUUUCUAUAUCACCCGUGUCGUGUAAGCCUCUUUUCGAAUAUGGAAAGACAAAAAACUAAGGGUUUUGAUGUCAACAUAGAAGCUCCAACUGCUAGAAAGACAUGAAAAGCAAAACCUUUUGACCUCUGGAGUCAGAAGUGAUAGGUGCAAGAAGCCAUUUCUACAACGGGAUACACAGACAAGGUGGUGGUAAUUCCAGUGUAGAUAAUUCUUCUUUGAGGAAAUCCCAGAAAUAAGUAGUCGAUUGACAGAUCUAUUCUGAUCUUAUACAGAUCUGUGUUUCCAUUGAACUUCAACAAGAAUUUGUAAAUUAGUGCCAGCCACUGGAAGCAAGCUACAGUGGUAUUUUGCUGUUGCGUGAUUAUUUAUUGUUUUGAGGCAUUCUUUGUCCAAAUGCUAGUUGAUUCGUUGAGUUUGUCCCAGCAAUAGAGAAUGGUCUUUAGGCCUUCUCAUGGCGCUCAAAAGAGGAGGCAAAUGAACUUCUUGUACUUAAAAAUAUCAUGGUGAAGCAUUCCCUUUUGGGGAAAUGGCAUUUUAUUC